AUGGUGUGUCAAGACUUGGUUCGGUAUUAUGAUAGGAGGGGGGCCAAACCUAAUUGUCUGAUUAAGAUUGAUAUUAAGAAAGCUUAUGAUAUUGUAGAUUGGGAAUUCUUAGAGGAGAUGUUAGUGGCUUUUGGGUUUCCUAUGCAUUUUAUGAAGCUUGUGAUGACUUGUGUUAGGACUCCCAGAUUUUCCCUUAUGAUAAAUGGCUCCCUUCAUGGUUUUUUUGCGGCUCAAAGGGAUCUUAUAAGGGGAGAUCCGCUAUCCCCCCUUUUAUUUGUGCUUGGAAUGGAAUACUUAUCUAGAACUCUUAAAAAGACUGCUCGAUCAAAUGACUUCAAAUUUCAUGAGAGAUGUGCGGAGUUCCAGCUUAAUCACCUUUGUUUUGUAGACGAUGUGCUUCUUUUCUCAUAUGGGGAAUAUAAAUCCAUAUACACUUUAAUGAAAGGCGUUGAGCUGUUCUCUCAAACCUCUGGGCUACAAGCUAAUAAAGACAAAUCUGAAGUUAUUGUUUGUGGUAUGAAUGACAGGGAAGUUCAAAGAGUCCUUCAUUUUUCUGAUUUCAAGAGAGGCUUUCUUCCGUUUCGUUAUUUGGGAGUGACGAUUUGUGUCAAGAAGAUUUCCUCAUUGGAUUGUGAAGUGAUUAUUGAGAAGAUGAGAAUUAAGAGUAUCUGUAGGGCGUAUCUUUGGAAAGGGCUUGCUGGUUUUGAGGGGUCGGGUAGUGUAGCUUGGGAAGAGGUUUGCAAAAGCAAAAAGAAGGGUGGGUUGGGCAUUCGUAAUCUUGAAAUGUGGAAUGUGGCAGCCAUAGGGAAGUAUUCUUGGGCCAUGGCUACUCAUAAAGAGAAUUUAUGGGUAUAUAUGUUUGGUGACGAUACUCAAGAAAGACUACAAGCCAUAAGGAAAUAUCUUGAGACAUCAUCAUCCCGCUCUUCAAGGACUAUCACUGACAAUCCACUCUUUCAACCAUCAAAGAGAGUCAAUCCAGUACAAAUACCAUUACCAUUUGGCAACGAUUCUAACUUUGAAACAUCAGUUAAGUCUUAG